UAUUUUGUCUUUUCCGCCUUUUAGGUGAAGGGUAGAGAGCAUUAUAUAUUUUUGCUUUAAAAAUUGUGUAUUUGAGGACUUUUUUCUAAAGUAGGGUAUAUUGGGUAUUUUUUCUAAAAUUGGGGCACUACAACAAAAUUUCCAUAAAAUAUAUAAAGAUUUUGACAAAGGUUUUUCAUCUGUAAAGUUAAAUAUGUAUUCUUGGCUAGUUGCGUGUAUGAAAAGCAUCCUUUAUUAUAUCAUUUAAAGGAGAAAACACCUCAUCUAGUAUGAAUGAGUCAAUUUUUGUUGAAUUAUUUCAAUGAGGAAUACUAUGUUUACACAAAAUUCAACGUCAAUGCCCAACACUGUACUAUACUUUUUGAUAGGUUUGUAAAUAAAAGGUUGUUGUAUCUGCAGCCAUUACAAGGCAGAAAAAAUAUUGAAAAAAUACAAAUUACUAUGUGGUGUUAUGUUUUUUUGUGUUUCUGUGACAUUCCUCUUCUCUAUUUCAAUUUUCUCCUCAUAAAAUGCAAAAAGAGUACGUAAAAGGAACUCAAUGGACUUUGCUAAAUAUCUUAGCUACCUUCUCAAACCCCAAAAUCAUAGACUCAAGGAACUCAAUGGACUGCUGCUUAACUAUUUGAUUAUAUUCCUUUUCAUAUUCUCUUUUUCCUCUUGUUCUACUGAUACCAUAUCUACUGACAAGCCUAUAAGAGAUGGUGAGCUUCUUGUUUCUAAAUCUAAAACAUUUGCUCUUGGAUUCUUCACUCCCGGAAAGUCCACCUCUCGCUAUGUUGGAAUUUGGUACUACAAUUUGCCAAUCCAAACUGUUGUUUGGGUUGCAAAUAGAGAUACUCCAAUCAACGACACUUCUGGAAUCCUAUCAAUCGACCCGACUGGAAAUCUAGUACUCCACCACAACCUCAGCACCAUUCCCAUUUGGGCUACCGAUGUUUCAUUACCACAUUCACAGAGAAAUAGCACCAACGUUGUAGCUCAACUAUCGGAUAUAGCAAACUUUGUUCUGAUGUUAAACAACACCAAAACUGUCAUCUGGGAAAGCUUUGAUCAUCCAACAGACACUAUGCUUCCAUAUCUAAAGGUUGGUUUUGAUAGAAAAUCUAAUCAAAGCUGGUUCCUUCAAUCAUGGAAGACAGGUGAUGACCCUGGAAAAGGUGCAUUCACAGUGAAAUUCAGCACCAUUGGUACACCUCAGUUUUUUAUGUACAACCAUGAUCUUCCUUGGUGGCGCGGUGGACCCUUGAACGGAGCACUAUUAGCAGGUAUACCUAAUGCGAAACGAGCUAGGACCAUUUAUAAUGUUUCUUUUGUUGGAGAUGACAACUCUGUAGCAAUUUCAUUUAACAUGAUAGAUAAGUCUGCCCUUACUAGAACAAUUGUUCAACAGUCUGGUUUCAUUCAAACACUCACAUGGGACAAUCAAAAGAGUCAAUGGAACCAGUUCUAUAUAGAACCGACAAACCAAUGCGAUAACUAUGGAACAUGUGGAUCAAACAGUAAUUGUGACCCUUUGAACUUUGAGGAUUUUAAGUGUUCUUGUUUACCCGGGUUUGAACCCAAAUUUCAACAUGAUUGGUAUGAGAAUGGAGAUGGGUCAGGAGGGUGUGUAAGGAAGAAAGGUGCAUCUGUUUGUGGGAAUGGAGAAGGGUUUGUCAAAGUUGUAAGUUUGAAAGUUCCUGAUACAUCUGUGGCAUUUGACAAAGGUGGUUUGAAUUUGGAAGAAUGUGAGAAAGAAUGCUUGAGAAACUGCUCUUGUGCUGCCUAUGCAGCUGCUAAUGUGAAGAAUGGUGGAAGUGGGUGUGUGGCAUGGCAUGGGGAUUUAAUGGACAUUCAAAAACUAAGUGAUCAAGGCCAAGAUUUGUUCGUACGUGUCGAUAAAGUUGAACUAGCAACUUACUAUAAGAAAAGCAAAGGACUCUUUGAUAAAAAGAGGCCGUUGGCUGCAAUUAUGAUAGCUUCUAUUGUUGCAAUCAUCCUCCUCCUCUCCUGUGUGUAUUUCAUGAGAAAGAAAAAAAGAAAUGAAAAAAUGAUGCGGCAAUUAAACCAAGAUUCCUCUGGAGAAGAGAAUGGUGCUCCACAUCCAAAUCUACCAUUUUUCAACUUUAAGACAAUAAUGACAGCUACAAGAAAUUGUGGUCAUGAGAAUAAGCUUGGACAAGGUGGAUUUGGCUCAGUCUAUAAGGGUUGCUUGGUUAAUGGACAAGAGAUAGCAGUGAAAAGAUUAUCCAAAGAUUCAGGUCAAGGCAAAGAAGAAUUUAAAAAUGAAGUUACACUUUUAGUUAAACUCCAACACAGAAAUCUAGUGAGAUUGCUAGGUUGUUGCUUUGAAAAAGAAGAAAGGAUGCUAGUUUACGAAUACCUACCCAACAAAAGCCUAGACUUCUUUAUAUUCGAUCUAAACCAAAGGUCGUCAUUGGAUUGGGGUAAGCGUUUUGAAAUCAUUUGUGGGAUUGCUCGGGGUGUUUUAUAUCUUCAUCAAGAUUCAAGGCUGAAAAUAAUUCAUAGAGAUCUAAAGGCUAGCAAUGUUCUCCUUGAUGCUGCAAUGAAUCCCAAAAUAUCAGAUUUUGGUAUGGCUAGAAUAUUUGGAGAAGAUGAAAUCCAAGCAAGAACAAAAAGAUUGGUUGGAACAUAUGGAUAUAUGGCACCAGAAUAUGCAAUGGAAGGACUAUAUUCAACAAAAUCUGAUGUCUUCAGUUAUGGGGUCUUGCUACUAGAAAUUAUUGCUGGACAAAGAAACUCGCAUUGUGAAAAAGAAAGAUCCUCCCCAAAUUUAAUUGGACAUGUGUGGACACUAUGCACAGAGGGAAGAGCUUUGGAUAUAGUUGAUCCAACAUUAAACGGGUUUUAUCCCUCUGCUAUAGUUCUAAGAUGCAUUAAAAUUGGACUCUUGUGUGUGCAAGAAAAUGCCAUGAAUAGACCAUCCAUGUUGGAAGUUGUUUUCAUGCUAUCCAAUGAAACACCUCUCAUCUCACCUCAAAAACCAGCAUUUUUUUUCAAUGGCAAGCAAGAUUUGCAAGAGUCUUCAACAUCAGGAGGAGGUUCCUCAAUAAAUGAAUUAACAGAAACUACCAUCAGCGCUCGUUAAAAGCUACAUUAAUGAAAUAAGUAAUAUUUUGUUCAUACUUUUCCAUUAGAAUUGUGUUCGUAGACAUUUCUAGAGGUUCUUUAGAAACAGGUAUGUUUAGUCAAUUUGUGAUAUUGUAAAAUGAAUACUUGAGUAAGAGUCUCUUUGAAUAAGCUUUUCACGUGGCUUUAUGGGUCUGAAUAGUUAUCGUAAGGUGAAGACUGAUUCCACUCCCCGAUCGAAUAGAAUAUUUUGUUAUAAUUA